GCAUUCGCGUAGUAGAUAUUUAUACAACGACUUUGGUGAGUUCUUCAACAAAACUCCACUUAUUAUCACCAUAAUCUGUAUUUCUUCUCUGCAGCUUUUUUCUACUAUAACUACCUACGAGUAGUUAUUUGACGAAAUAGCUCGAAUGUUUAUACCUUUAUCUUUGAUGUGUGUAAAAGCUACUCUGCUUGUCUCGUGUGUGAUGCAACUGAAUUAAAUAUCGAGCGCCGAAAAGCACGAGCGCUCUCAAACAUAACCUCUCGUUGGUCCUUUGAUAGAGUCACUGACGAUGUGCGUAGGGCCUGUGAAAGUUUUGUUUUGUUGUGAUAUAACGUGAAAUUUUUUUAGUUUUUUUUAUUUUUCUAAUUUGUUUAUGAAAUUUUUGUAGUCUUCUUCGUGUGAUUACUGUAGUUGUUAUAUUUUUACAUAGAAUAUUAUUAUCCUUAUGAUUUGAUUUUGCGUCGCAUAUAUUUGUGUUACGGAAUAACAUGACUUUUUUAAAUUUUUGCUCCCGGAGAACUCUAUUUAGUUCAAUAGGUUUAUCUACUACAUCAACCCAAAGGUGUAGUAGUAGUUCAUCUAGUAAAAGUACAACAGCCGGCAUUAUUGUGAUUGGUAACGAGAUACUCAAAGCUCAAGUAAGAGAUACAAAUUCACAUUUUAUUUGUAAGCAUCUUUAUCGCUGUGGAGUCAGAGUUGAAAAAAUUUCAGUUAUAAGCGACAAUGUCGAUGAGAUAGCACAAGAAAUCAAGGAAUUCUCUGGGAGGUACACACACGUAAUUACAUCAGGUGGCAUUGGACCAACUCAUGAUGAUGUCACUUAUGAAGGCUUGGCUCAAGCUUUUCAUGAUACCUUGCAUCGCAAUCCAACAUUGGCUGAGAUCAUAAGGACAUAUUUUGGUGUUGAAGAUCCUUCAUCUCCUGCUUACAAAUUAGCUUAUAUACCGAAAAAAGCUGUUUUGAAAUUUGGCAUUAACAAAGCAACCAGUCUUCCACUAAAUUUUCCAUGCGUCAUACUUAAUAAUGUUUAUGUUUUCCCUGGGUCCCCUGUUUUUCUCCAAGCUGGCUUUGGUAGCUUAUACAAGGUGCUGUUUAAUACUGACAAGCGAUUUGUCCAUCAAGAACUGUACAUCAAUGCUACAGAGAGCGUGUUUGCAGAUGCCUUAACUGCUGUGUCCAAAGAAUUCCCAAAAGUGAUUUUUGGUUCUUAUCCAGAAGGUGCAAGUGACCACAAAGCUAGAAUAACGAUAGAAAGCGACAGCGAGGCGGACACGAAAAGAGCCGUGGAUAAAUUUUGCAGCAUGAUACCAUCGGAAAUCAUAGUUAGAAGGUCCGAGUGAUCCAAAGAAACGUAGAAUUAAUCAUCGCUUCAAUUUCCAUUCAGAGUCUCAGCCAGAUACAUUCUGUACGGCAGACUGGAGCCGAAAGCGCGAAAAAUGGAGAAAACUCGCGAAAUUAAAAGCGCGACUCCUUUAAUCACAGAAGUCCGACGGAAUGCUGCCAUAUACACUAUACUGCGACAAGAAGAGGAGAGAAAAAGCUUCUCGUUUCGAGCGAAAAACCUGCCUCUCUCACUCUUUCUCCCUUUGCCUUUUUACUCGUUUUUAUACUUUCUUACGAAAUUUCAUUUCGAGUUAAAGUAUUUCUAGUUUUUCCUUUGAAAGUUUAAAAUGAGGCUGCAGGGGGAAAGAAUUGUCGCCCCCCUCCCUUUCGAAGAAAGCUCGUCGCUCUCAGAGAGUUUCGUGCGCGCUCGAGAGUGGGGAUAAAUUUUCCGCGCGUUUCUUUCUUUCGUCGAGGCGCGCGGGCGGUGCGCGAGCGCUAUACUGCUCCCCGUGUACUUUUUCAAUUCAAUAUUAAUCUUAUUCCUGUCGGCGCCCUCGAUUUUUAUUAUUUAUCUAGCGCGCCAGCAAUUCUAUCUAGUUCGUUUGUUUGCUUUUAUCAAGCUCGCCGGCGAAUCGAUUCUAAGGAGAGAAGUAUGAGAUUUUAAGUACACGGAGAAAAUUGUCGGCGGUGACUGUCGAGAGGCAGGCUGCCGCUUGAUUAAACAACAAGUCUGAAAACACAAUUUUUCCGAUGCUACGGAAUUACAAUAAUGUCCAUAAUUUGUAGGCGGAAUUCGUAACAACCAUUGUAAACAAGAAUUUAUUUUAUCUGUUAGUAUUUAUUAUUUAUCCGCUUAUUUUUAUAUAAGACUCGUACUUGUGUUCCGAGUAUUGUGUACCUGACAAGGUGAAUGUACAGGAAUCGUGUGAAAAUUAACCGUCGAUCCACGAAAUAAAGCGUUGCCAAAACUCAUCUCUCAA